GUUAAAUUAUCUAUAGAAAGCGAUUUCUUUUAUCCUUUUAUACAUAACACCUCACUGUUACUCUCUCUCUGGCUCUUGAUCGUACGGAAACAGCAAAAUUAACUGUCAAACUGAAGGAUGGGGGCAUACCUCAGCAGCCCUAAAACUGACAAGUGUUCAGACGAUGGUGAGAAUAAUAGACUUCGCUAUGGUGUAUCCUCGAUGCAAGGGUGGCGAGCCACCAUGGAAGAUGCUCAUGCCGCUUAUCCAGAUUUGGACAGUUCCACGUCUUUCUUUGGUGUAUAUGAUGGUCACGGAGGUCCAUAAAUUUGCAGGCAAAGCAGUGGCUAAGUUCUGUGCUAAAUAUCUUCACCAGCAAGUGCUCAAGCAUGCAGCUUAUUCUACAGGAGAUUUGGGCACUUCAUUACAGAAAUCUUUCCUCAGAAUGGAUGAGAUGAUGUGCGGACAGAGAGGUUGGAGGGAGUUAGCCAUAUUGGGUGAUAAGAUAGAUAGGGUUUCUGGGAUGAUAGAAGGGUUUAUAUGGUCACCUAGGUCUGGACAAGCCAAAGGCCAUGUUGAUGAUUGGUUUUCUGAGGAGGGACCCCAUUCUGACUUUCAUGGACCGAUGUCUGGAAGCACAGCAUGCGUUGCAGUUAUUCAGAAUAACCGACUUGUUGUUGCCAAUGCUGGUGAUUCUCGCUGUGUUAUAUCCAGGAAGGGUCAGGCAUAUAAUAUGUCUAAAGAUCACAAGCCUGACCUUGAGGUUGAGAAAGACAGGAUUCUGAAAGCUGGAGGCUUUAUACAAAUUGGACGUGUUAAUGGAACUUUAAAUUUGGCUAGGGCAAUUGGAGAUAUGGAAUUCAAGCUGAAUAAAUCCCUGCCAGCUGAAGAGCAAAUUGUGACUGCCAAUCCAGACAUAAAUAUUGUUGAACUCUGCGAUGAUGAUGAAUUUUUCGUUCUUGCCUGUGAUGGCAUUUGGGACUGCAUGUCAAGUCAACAGCUGGUGGAUUAUGUGAGGGGGCAAUUAAACAAUGAAUGUAAGCUUUCAGGUAUUUGCGAGAGUGUUUUCCAUAGGUGUUUGGCACGUGCAGCUGGCUGUGAGGGAUCUGAUAAUAUGACCAUGAUCAUAGUCCAGUUCAAGAGACCUAUCAUCAAUCCAAGCACUUUUCCACAGCAGCAGUCCGUCUCCUCCGACCAACAACCGUAUGAGACUAACAAAACCCAGUAAAGAUUGAUGGACCAUAGCAUACAGCAGACUGCUUACUGACUGAGUGGUUACAUAUUUUUUAGUAAGCUGAAGUUGGAUAUGGAUUUCAGGUUUUACGAUUAGGAAAUCAUUUUUUGUGAUUGUAAAUGAUUAAGGCCUUUUUUUUCUCAUUAAUUCACGUACUUGCGCAUGGAAUUUUUUAAUGGGUUUCUUUAGAAGUUUUUGAGUGGCUUGUCAAUAUUUCAGGAUGUGAAAAGGCAAAAAUUGUGAAGUAGAGUGCAUAAAUUGUAUACUACAAGACCAUUAGUGUUUUCUUCAUUUUUUUUA